AUGAUCGUCACUUUAAAAUUUUGUGUAGCGGUCAUCUGUGCAUGGACAGUGACUGGUCAUCCGGCCAAAUGGUCUCAAACUAACCAACUUUCGGAAAAAGAAUACCAACUAGAAAAUAUUGCAUUUUCACCGGAUAAUUUUGAUGGUAUGGACAAACAGGGUAUGAUUUGGUCCGGUUUUGGACAGUCCCGACCAGGAAAGGAUUUUGUAUACAAUAUAGUGGAGAAUUCGGACAGACGCGGAACACGGCAGAAGAGAGCUGUCCGAAAGUCUACGGAACCACUGAAAAAGUCCCACCGAGGUAAAGGAACUUCUCGACACAGCGGAACAACCAGCAGAAAAGAUGAACGGAAACAGUCAGUUCACAACAGACCCAAUAUGUUACCCGAUCAUACAAAUGACGAGAUGUUUAAACAGUCUCUUCGACAUGUUCUCAUCCUAGGCUCAAAGAAGCCCGCUCCCACGGGAAAACAGAAAACGCCCAAACGUUCCAACAGAGGUAGCUUUUCCAUUGUUCCCGACAAACCAAAGCCCAGACGAUAUCCUUUAAGGCAAGGCUGGAGGUCAAGGAUAAGGUCAAGAGGAAGGGCAAGGUCAAGGUCGGCAUCACGCAAAUCUAAGCAAAAGAGGGUUAUAAGGAAAACUGUUCGCAGAGGAUUUGUAGUCCUGGACUAA